CGAAAAUACAACAAGGAAGUGGACGUUUAUUCUAGGGGGAAAUAAUCUCGGGGCGAUACAUUUCUUUAGGUAGGGGAUCUUCACUCGGUAGGUUAGUUGUGUGGAGAUAUUGUCAUCGUGGACUCCCUCGAGGUGCCGCUUUUUAUCGUCUCCGGGGAGCUGCUGUUAGCUGCUAGGUGCUAGCAAUGAACACGGACGUGGAAUUUCACAUCAGGCAGAACUAUCCGUGGACCAAGCUCCCUGCUAAUGUCAAACAGAGUUUGGGGAACUCACAGCGUGAAUAUGAGAAGCAGGUUUUAUCCUACAGCAUCCGCAAUCAGCUGCGAUUCCGCAAUAACUUAGUGCGCCACGUGAGGAAAGAUGAGCGGAAGUAUUAUGAGGAGCUCCUGAAGUAUAGCCGUGAUCACCUGAUGCUGUACCCCUACCACCUGUCUGACAUCAUGGUCAAAGGGCUGCGGGUCACUCCCUUCUCCUAUUACAUAGGAAUUAUGGAGGAUAUUAUGAACAGUGAAAAGAGCUACGACUCCCUGCCCAAUUUCACUGCUGCUGACUGUCUGAGGCUUCUUGGCAUUGGGAGAAACCAGUACAUUGACUUAAUGAACCAGUGCAGGUCCUCCAAAAAAUUUUUCCGGAGAAAAUCAGCUCGGGACCUGCUCCCCACUAAGCCUGUGGAGAUCUCUGUGGAGCCGUGGUGGGUCGCACAGACAGGCUACAUCACCGAGGAUGAUAUCAGGGUUUGCUCUACAGCUGAGAAAAAGGCUAUAGAUAAAAUGAUAGACUCAGGUCCUCAACUCGCUGGCUCAAUGGAGUACAAUGUGGUGCUAAGUUUGUACAAUCGAGGUUUUAUCUACCUGGAUGUGCCCAUAUCUGAUGACAGCUGCAUUUCAGUGCCUCCAUUGGAAGGCUUUGUCAUGAACCGAGUCCAGGGCGAUUAUUUUGAAACUCUUCUGUACAAGAUCUUUGUCUCCAUUGAUGAGCAGACAAAUGUAGCCGAGCUUGCUAAUGUGUUGGAGAUCGACUUGGACUUGGUGAAGAAUGCUGUGUCCAUGUAUUGCCGGUUGGGCUUUGCUGUAAAAAAGGGUCAGGUCUUCAGCUCAGACCAACUCCAUCCUACCUGGAAGAAUGCUCCCUCCGUCAACAGGCUCAAGAGCACCAUGGACCCCCAGAGGAUGCUGCUUUCCUGGGAGCAGGGGAGUCCCGUGAUGGAGGGAGGCUCAUCUGCCACCGACACGGACACCACCAGCCUGGAGGACCAAGCAGACACAGCAAGUGUUAGCAGUCUGAGCAUCCCUGCUGCACCAACCAAGAGGAUCGCUUUUCUCUUUGACUCCACCCUCACAGCCUUUCUCAUGAUGGGCAACUUGUCUCCGAACUUGAAAAGCCAUGCAGUGACAAUGUUUGAGGUUGGAAAACUGUCUGAUGAGACACUGGACAGUUUUCUGGCUGAGCUGGAGAAGGUGGAGUCUACAGCUGAAGGAGAGGCCCAGCGUUACUUUGACCAUGCACUCACUCUCAAAAACACUAUUCUAUUCCUGCGCUACAACAAAGAACUUACUCAGGACCAGGGACCAGACAUCCCAAACAUAGGUUUCCCAUUGGACAUGCUGCGCUGUGAAAGUCUGUUGGGUUUGGACCAAGCCACAUGCAGCCGCGUCCUCAACAAAAACUACAAACUACUGGUCUCCAUGGCACCACUUAGCAAUGAGAUCCGCCCCAUCAGCAGCUGCACGCCCCAGCACAUUGGUCCGGCCAUCCCCGAGGUGAGCUCCAUCUGGUUCAAGAUGUACUUGUACCAUGUGACCGGUCAAGGCCCGCCAUCUCUGCUGCUGUCCAAGGGCUCCAGGCUCCGUAAACUGCCAGACAUCUUCCAGGUCUAUGACAGGCUGUUAAUCACAUCCUGGGGUCAUGAUCCUGGAGUUGUACCCACAUCCAAUGUUCUCACUAUGCUCAAUGAUGCACUCACUCACUCAGCUGUACUCAUUCAGGGUCACGGGAUGCAUGGCCAUGGAGAAACCGUUCAUAUCCCAUUCCCAUUUGAUGAGGAGGAUCUAAAAGGAGAAUUCUCUUACUCGAACAUGUGUGUGCACAAAGCCCUGCAGAAGCUAAAGGACUUUGUGGACCUGGAGCACCAGUGUGGCUACAUCACGAUGCUUAACUCCAACAACAGACAUCGACGCAGGCCCAGUGACGGAGGGGAGUGCAGGGGAGAAACUCAUCUCGGUGGAGCUUUGGACACUAAUGGCAGCACAGAGUCUUUUGAGCUGGUCACAGAGGAGAACAACGGAGAGAGCAAGUCCAAAACAGACACUCUUUCUUGUGAGGAUGAGUGGGUCCCUCUUGAACUGUGCUUUGGCAUGCCCCUCUUUAGCUCCGAGCUGAACCGCAAAGUGUGUCGGAAGAUCGCCUCUCACAAACUCUUCAGCUCUGAGAGCCUCCAGGAGCUGCUGCACUCCAGUCGAAAGCUUUCACUGAAAGUGCUCAGCUUCGUUCAAUCAUUCCAGGAUAGCGGCCUGGGCUCUGACCAGGACAGUGGGUCAAACCCUUUGAGCCAGCCCCCGGCAGAAGCUGGGGUCCCACUGCCCGCCCUCAACCUGCUCUUCAAGGACGGACAGCUGAAGGAGUGGAGCGGGCGGGCCCCUCCUCCACUGGACAUCUCAGCUCUUCAGAAGGAGCUCACAUAAAGUACUUCAAUCAUAAGGAAUUCACCACUCAAUGUAAAAAAAACUGCUGUCCUGUAGUGUUGCGUCUGAGAAAAUGAGUUAUUGAGGUCUGCAUUUGUGUCGCAAGGACCACUCCCUCUAAAACCUCCUCAGUAGAACAUGGGGUGAAUGGUCAUCUGCACUUUGUCUUUUACUGACUGUGUGAGCAGACACUGGCACCACCCCUGGCUCUUCCUUGUGACGCAUCCUGUCCAUAGCAAGGCAGUGUUAUCUGUUGGAGUGGUGCUAUACAGUAUAAAACAGUGAUGCAGCUAAAGCCUAUAUUCAGUAACUGGAUCCACACGCGCUGUUCUGACUCUGCAGGCCUUGCCCCUCUGUCAGUGGAUGUUUUGUGACCCUUGAGAGCGGAGCGUAUCGUCUUUAAUAUUGUAUAUGUGUUAUAAAAAUGACCCAAAAAAAUAAAUCGCAGUAUUGAACUGACCUCUUCAGGAAUCAUUUGACAUAUGCAUUUUAGGACCUCGUCUCUGGACCUGGUCGACUUGGGGCUAAAUCCAGAAGUCGCUGUGUUUCAUGUCAAGUGGUCUGAUGCAUGAUACUGUUGCACAAAUAUUCCAUAAGAAAACUUUACUUUUACUAGUGUAAUUGUUGUUCUGGGCAUCUUUGAUUUGCACUGUGCAGGGAUACUCCGACCCUGUGGCUGAAGUGAUCUCAUGUUUUUAGUAGUUUAAUAAGGUAAAUGAAGUGCACAUCAUUUUAAAACAAUGGCCACAAGAAGGACUUAGAAUGGUCUGUUAUCAUAAUUUGAAAUUGCUAAUUUUAUCUGCUGUUUUUUAUUACAUAUUUAGACACCAAAGACCAGUUUUCUUUAUGUACUUUUAUUUUAUUUUUUAUUUUACUGCCUUACAAUUAUCUGCCAAAUCUCUAAACUUGAUUUGCUAUGGUUUUGAAAUUGCUUUGCCCUUUUAAUGCAAUUUUAUUACAUUUAAUGUUUGGCCUUUUGAUUACUUUCUGGAUAUAUCAUAAGCUAAACUGGUUUACAACCCACAGAUGAGUUAAUUGAAUUCAGUUAAUUGUAUCUUGGUCAAACCUGCAGUGUCUAACCCAAGCUUGCUGCCCUAAAAAAAUCUGUUUACUCUGGGUUUUGAAAAAUGGGUUUGUAGUCCGAGAGCAGAGGGAGACUUUGGUGAAUCGCUGUGAUGGGCCCAUGGGACAGAAAUGCUAAUAUGUGUUGCCCAGCAUCUGAAAGCAGUGAUGGCCCAAAAACUGUCUGAAGCAUUUUUUUCAAUGGGACUCAAAAGAAUAGUCUAUUUCAUUGUGUUCAGUAGAGAAAACCCAGAAAAUACUUUUGUUGAACCUACCUUCUGCAGUUUUUGCAUUAGUUGAUGCUGAGCUAGAAAAAGACUACAGUGAGGUGUGAGCAUGACACCUGUAGACACUGUUGUGAGUAUGUUGUGUAUGCGUGUAGUGCGCACCUCACUCUUAAAUGUGUUAAACAUGCAUUCACACUAAGACCCUGUCUGUCUGGUAUCUACUGUAGUUCUAGUACCCAGCCCUCCUUCAGUAUACAACCACCACCUCAGUGUUUGAAUAGGCUAGUUUUAAAUGUCCAUGUAUACUUUAGGAAAUCUUUGUUGUAGCUUGUUGGGACUGUGAACAUCAUUGACUGAGUUAUUUCUGAUGUUGUUCAAUGGUUUAAAAAGAUGAAAGUGACAUUCCUUCAACAUGAUCUACCAUCUCUGUUCCCUUUUGCUCCAAACAUGUUAUUUCAGAUAAAUAUGUAAAAAGCAUAUGAAAAUAUAAAUAAAUAUGUAAUAAAUGCAGAUUUUUCCUUCACUGAAA